AUGAGUGCUGGUAUCACGCAACUCAGAGAAUUUCUUACGGUUUACAACACUUUGACAGAUUCGUGUUUUCGGGCGUGCAUCCGAGAAUUCAACCAUCACCAGCUGAUUGAAUCGGAAGCGGAGUGUAUAAACAAAUGCAUUGAUAAGCACAUGCGGACAAGUCAACGUCUGAUGCUGAUAUUUGCCGAACAAGCACCAAAUAAGCUAUUUAGGAAGGAGGAAUCAUCGAAAUAA